UAAAAAAACAACAUAGGAGAAUUGUGUUUCGCCGUCCAAGAGGAUUACUUUGUGGUCCCUUCACAGUUUUCCCCUAAAAAAAAACAAUCGUCUCUGACACUUUUUAAAGCUUUUGGAGGCCCUGCUCCUCUGUUUAGACCUGUUUCUCCAAAAGGAAAGGUAAGAUCAUCUCUGUUUCUGAUAUUCUCUUCUUUUACUAACAUGUGUUAGCUGACUCUAACUGCAUUCGACCUAUAGUGACAUAUGUUGAUUUAGAGAGAGAUCAAUAAUGCAACACCGGCCUCCUGGAACCAUGGUGUCAGCGCAACGGGGAGCUGAAACCCACAGGUUUGAUUCUAGUGAUGCAGCACAUCGGACAGAAAACCUUUAUGCCUCUGUUUUAGGUCUCUUUUGGUUAAUGGUCCUCAGUUUUUUGACGGUGCGUCGCGUUUGGGACUCAUUAAUGGACUUUUACGCACGAUAGCGCUACAGGAAACAAGCCACGUCUGUCAAAAUUUUCACAUUAGCCUACAGGGCACUUUUUUAAAACGUGCAUUGAAAAUUAACGUUCAUUGCAUGAGUGAACUCGUACAAUAAUUAAAUAUAACGCUGUUUGUAAUUGAAGUUAGACAUUAGACAACAAGGCGCGCGUAAAACAGCCUCAACUAAAGCUACACUGCAACACUAAUAAUGUGUGAACUCCUCUGAUCAAUAGCAUAUCUUUUUCCUAGUUUGGGAUUUUUCCGAUUCAUAUGUUUUGAGUUGAUGGCACAUGAUGGAUCGCCGGUUGUUCCUCUUCCUUUGCUGCGUGCGUCAGUUGGACACGGUAAGGAAUGGCCGCUCUUCAUAGCUUUUCACCGUUCAAACAUAAUCUUUUGUGGUCGCAGUGCUAAACAAAGAUCAACGGAGCAAAGGUACGAAAGUAUGUAUGAAUUUUAAAAAACAAAAAAAGGCUUUCAUUACCAUCUUGUCGGUUGUCUAAUCAUUUAUUGUGUUGGGUAAAAGGUAGAAGAUACAAGAUCAACGCAAAAGAUGUAAAAGCACUUUUGUGUAAUUUUUGAUUGCCUGUAUUGGAGAGACUGAAGUAAUUUCAACUCACUGAGUGGAGGCUACUAAUAAAUCUGACCUAAAAUUUCGGCGUUCUUCAUCUGAAAUGUGGGUUUGAAACUAUCCUGGUAUUUUUUUAUUUUAUUUGCAGGGAAAUUGGAAUUACAUUUCUCCACUUUUAAUUCCACAUUUGUGAUUUGAAGUGAAGAAAAUAAUUUCCAAAACUGGACAAACUGAGUACAAAUUAAGUCUUUUAUAUUUAAUAAUGUUUUUUGGCUCCAAUAAAAUGUUUGGAUUGUAAUGUUGUAAAGUUAAUCAGGUUUAGUCAUGACGAUGCGCACUGAAGCACUGUAAGUACAGUCUGUAUUAAGAGACCUGAUUAAAAUAGUGUGGCACAAAUGGUGAGGCUUCUGUAAAUUUUACUCCAGAUCAAAGUCAAAGUAGAAAUGUGUUUCUUCCUUUUUUUUCCCUUUUAAGUUCUCUCCAUGAAAUUCCAGUCCUCUGCGCGCAAUAGCACUUGAUCUCGGCGGGAGGAAGCGGACAAAAGGAAGAUGACCAUCCACGCCGAGGGUCUCGUGGCUAUCGUGAUCUUCUACCUCCUGAUUCUGUUUGUGGGCAUCUGGGCCGCGUGGAAGAACAAGAACUCCGGUGUUAGCGAUGGCGGAGACCGGAGCGAGAGCAUCAUGGUCGGGGGAAGAGACAUUGGAUUGUUCGUUGGUGGAUUCACGAUGACCGCUACUUGGGUGGGUGGAGGCUACAUUAAUGGAACAGCAGAGUACGUCUACCUGCCAGACUAUGGCCUGGCUUGGGCACAGGCACCCUUUGGUUACGCUCUCAGUCUGGUAGUAGGUGGCCUUUUCUUUGCCAAGCCCAUGCGUUCACGUGGAUACGUCACCAUGCUGGAUCCCUUCCAGCAGCUGUAUGGAAAAAGGAUGGGGGGCUUGCUCUUCAUCCCCGCACUCAUGGGGGAAAUCUUCUGGUCUGCCGCCAUUUUAUCUGCCCUGGGUGCCACUCUGAGCGUGAUUGUGGACAUAAACAUCAACCUGUCAGUGGUGAUCUCAGCCCUGAUAGCUAUCUUCUACACGCUAGUUGGAGGACUCUACUCUGUCGCAUACACAGAUGUGGUCCAGCUCUUCUGUAUCUUUCUGGGCUUGUGGAUCAGCGUGCCUUUUGCCAUGUCCAAUCCUGCCGUGUCGGACAUCAGUGUUACAGCCAAGAAGGCAAUCUACCAGUCACCCUGGCUGGGGAAGAUUGAGCCUAAAGACACAUGGCUCUGGGUGGAUAACUUCUGUUUGCUGAUUUUGGGGGGGAUUCCCUGGCAGGUCUAUUUUCAACGGGUUCUUUCUGCCUCUUCAGCUACCUACGCCCAGGUCCUUUCCUUCAUCGCUGCCUUCGGCUGCCUGGUUAUGGCCGUCCCCUCUGUCCUCAUAGGAGCUAUAGGGGCUUCAACUGACUGGAACCAAACUACUUAUGGGUCCCUCCCACCGAAGGAUAAGGAUGAAUCAGACAUGAUCCUUCCCAUAGUGCUUCAGCACCUCUGCCCGUCCUACAUCUCCUUCUUUGGUCUCGGGGCGGUAUCGGCUGCGGUCAUGUCAUCAGCGGACUCAUCCAUUCUCUCAGCCAGCUCCAUGUUUGCCAGGAACAUCUAUCAGCUCGCCUUUCGGCAGUCGGCCUCAGAUAAUGAGAUUGUCUGGGUGAUGCGCCUCACCAUCUUUGUAUUCGGAGCUCUUGCCACUGCUAUGGCGUUGUUAACAGGAUCAGUGUACGGCCUGUGGUACCUGAGCUCCGACUUGGUCUACGUCAUCAUCUUUCCCCAACUUCUCAGUGUGUUAUUCGUCAAGGGCACCAAUACCUAUGGCUCUGUGGCUGCCUAUGUCUUUGGUCUUCUGCUGCGCAUUGGUGGAGGGGAGCCCUACCUCAAACUUCCUCCCUUCAUCUACUACCCCGGUUGGGUGAUCCAGGAACGGGUCCACCACCUCACUGGGGAUGUAGAGUGCUUUGUCCAGCAGAGGUUCCCGUUCAAGUCUGUGUCCAUGGUGGCAUCAUUCUUGGCAAAUGUGGCCUUUUCUUACCUGACAAAGUACCUAUUUGAAAGCGGUACGUUGUCACACAAGUACGACUUCCUGGAUGCCGUGGUGUCCAAGCAUAGCAAGGAGAUCAUGGACAAAACCACGCUGGUGAGCAACCAUGAUAACAUCAUUCUUUCAGAGAUGGCGCCCGUCAAGCAGGCCAUCGGUACAUCACUCGCUGGGACAUUCACCAACACUGAAAUCCUCAGUGAUGAUGGGGAGUCCAGUCCAGAGGCUUUUCACAAUGAAAACUAGGCACCAAAGGCACAAAGAAAACUAGAACCAAGGAAUUUGAAGAAGAAGGAAUAAUCAAAAAGGCAUCGACAUUCUUCAGGAAACUUUCUACUGCCGCACCGGAAACCAAGUCAACAGAAAUCUGCUGUGGCUUCCGAGUGACUCCACAAGUUUAUUUUAUGCUGAUGAAACGGUGCCUCCUUCUUUUUUAAGAUCCCUUGCCUAGAACCAGGAGGUUGACUGUCAGCCAGCUGUGUCAAACAUACCAUACUCAUUCUUUUUUUUAAUCAUGACUCUGUGAAUCUACAACCACUACAACAAGUUUAAUUUAAGUGCUGCUACAGAGAUCAGAGAGACUUCCAGGGGAAAACAAAGAGAGACUGCAGUGGACAUACAGUGUGUGACAACAUCUACGAGAGUUUGCUGUGGGUAAUGAGAAAUAGUGCAAUAUCUAACCAACAAACUGUGUCUGUGUCUACAUAGCUGUAUGUAUGUGUGUGUGUGUGUUUGUGUGUGUGUGUGUGUGUGUGUGUGUGUGUGUGUGUGUGUGCGUGGCGUGUGUCUGUGUGUAUACGUGACAACAAAGCAGCAUCAAGUUAAUGCUCCAGAAACUUUUCAUACUUUUCGUUUAAAAUUUGCGUAGAGUAAACUUAUUAAUAGAGCAAUAAUAUUUUAGGAUCUAUGUUGUAUAGAUAGAUAUAUUGUACUGAAUUUGCAAGUUAUUGUCAUUGUUUUUAACUUGAAGACCAAUAGAUAUUUAUUUUUUGGCUUAUUUUAUAUGUGUUCGCCUUGCACUUAAUCUUCCUGUCAUUCUCGCUGAUUCCAGACACAGUAAGUGUCUGUUUAAGAACCCCAUACCACUGUAAUACAACCAAACCCUUGACUCGCCAAACAGAAGGUUGAUAUUGGAUGAUUCUACAAGACCCCAGAUUAAGUUCAGAAAUAAACAUUUGCAACGUUCACUGCCAAUAUUUAUGAAAUGAAUUAUUCCUACAAUGUCGCCAUGUUGCAAUUACAAUAUGGUUGAGGUAUAAUCUGAUGAAUGUAAGUCUCAUAUUUACUCUCAUUUUAUCUAUCUUUACCAGCUUGUGUUGGGUUUUGGUUAUACCCCAAUGAUGAGUUGAACACUAGGACUUUAGGACUAGGAGUUUAUUUGCAAAUAAGCCUAACAAAACAGUGCAACUCUUGUACUUAUGCACACGGAUAAACAAGUGGUGUAAUUUCCCUAAAAGUCUGCCACCCUUUCCUGUUAUGUACAUGCAAAUAAUACAUUUUUUAUUAAAAUUUUUCGCUAUCAACAUCUGCAACCUCCAUGGCUGAAAAAUCAAGCCAACACAGAAGUGCCAAAAAUGCAGUUUCUUGAAUGGCCACUUGAAGCUGGCUGCAAAUGUGAUAAGGCCCCAUAUUAUAAUAUAUACAUACAUAAUACCCAACUCUAUAGCUAAUUUCCCAGUUCACAAUCAAUGGGUACAGGAGGCGCCUUUUUAUAUAACUCCCCCGUUAAAAUUUUGUUAAGGCUUAAAGUUAUUCAUAAUUAAGGACAUUUCCACUUUUAGUGACUGGUGGGUGCCGUCACAGGCGGCUGGUUUCAGAACCCUGGCUUCAUUCGGCCCACCUCAACCUUACCCACACUUUCACAUCUUUGCUGGCGAAGUCAGUCACUGCCAAGAUGGCGACAGCCAGAGCCGACCACACUGAGCUUCACACUGACAGAAAUCUAUCGGUGACGUCACAGAGAGUAUAUUUAUACAGUCUAUGGGCUGGACACAAGGUUGAUGAGAGUGAACCAAAAGAGUAAAGUUGUCUGUAGAGCUGAAUCGACUGCAGGGUGAUAGUUAUCUGUCACUUGAUAGUCAUUAGGCAUUUAAUCCAAUUUCUGAAUAAAAUAUUGAUUAGCUUUAAAGGAAGAUAAUGGUCAUAUUCUUUUUUGGGGGCUUUUAUUGUCUUUCUUAGAUAGUAGCAACUGAAGAGCGUCAUGAAAGAGGGAAUGACGCAGCAAAGGGCCACAGGUUGGAAUCAAACCCAGGUCGCUGCAGUGAGGACUCUUUGUACAUGCCGGCACGCUCUACCAGGGAACCCUGAUAGUGGUCAUAGUUAAACAUAAAUCAUCCUAUAAGAUAGAUAUCAAAGAAAAACAUCCUCUACUUCUUUAAACUCCACCCUUUUGGCACUGAACGCUUGCACUGGACGUAAAACGUGUACUGCAGAAUCAUCGUGAACAGUAUGAAUGUAUGUAACUCCAUAUCAGCCUCAGCUUUCAUUACACACCACCCUGAUGUACACAGAUUCAAAUAUCCAAUAACUAGAGUUUGUGUUAUAUUAUUAUGUUUUUUUCUGUGUACCUUCCGUGCAGCCAUUGGUUUCCAUUCAUUUCUGAACAUUAUCAAAAUCGAUUUGCAAAAUCUUAGUUGUUGUCAAAUGUAUGAUUGUGUAGUACAUGUUUGAAUUAAUGUGCAUUUACAAAUACCAACAAUAAAAGCACAUAUAUCGUUCAUUUUGCAAGUUCAUAUAUAAAUGGAUGGAAUCCAAUGGCAGCCUGGAACGUAUGAAGAUCUAAAAAAAUAAAACUACAGUAAGCUUUGUUUUGCAUUAAUAUACAGUAUACUUGAUCGAUGUAAUUUUAAGGGACUGAUGUGGUCUUUUAAAACAAUCUCACAGAAGAUAUUUUGAAAUAUGUGUGUGUGCGUGUGAUGGUUUGUUUGCUCAAACUAAACCUGUAUUGACUGGCCAGCCACAGCAGGUUAGCGGAGACAGGAAAUGAUUGUUCCUCCCGGGAUGGUGUCAGUAGCACCGGUCAUUAUCGAUCCAGUCCCCAGUUGAUUAGCCCUCAGGACGUUUGAUUAAUGCUGCAAAGAGGUUUGAAACUACAGUUCAUAAGGUUUUGUUUUACAGUGUGUUAUAUUCAGUGAUGAAAGUUGAAAUGUUACUGACUGAGCACCCUCAUACAUUUGUUGUCACCUUAUAUAGUGAUUUGUUAAGUGUUACUAUUGUCCAGUUGACUGCUCUGUGUUUAUCUCCUCUUAGAACUGUUGUGGUUUGUUGGUGUCUUUUUGAAUCUAUGGACUCGCCUUAAUUCAAAGGUCAGCUGUGGAAAAUGAGUUGCAUAAAGUGACCACUUUUAUGAAAUCAUUUUUCAGUUAAAGGAUGAGGCUAGUGAUAUUCUUUAUUUCGUGUUCUGUCAACAGUUAAGACCAAAACCAACAAUGUUAAAUGUCUGUCUCUCAGUAUUCUCUGACUUUCCUACCCAUUCAUUCCUACUGAAGAUGUAAAUCUUUAAAAAAGGCAGAGCAGUUUCCUAACACAGUUGGAGUUUUGAGAAAAUGUUAGUCAAAGAGGAGUAAAUGGUACAUUUGUUGGGGCCAAUUUUCAUGUGCAGAUUAAUACCCGAUAGGUGAUCUAUCGAGUAUUUACCAGUGCUGUAGUCAAGACCACCUUUGUCGAGUCCAAGACAAUUCCAAGACCAGGACUAGUCAAGAGAUUGAUUGAAUAUCAAUGCCUGUUCUAGAACAAGCCACUUUAUCAAUGGUUUUAUUUUGAAGGAGGAGGAAAAAAACGACAUAUCUGGCCAAGAAGUCCAAGUGCAAAUACUUAUGAGUCCAAGACAAGUCAACAAGAAAACAUAUCAAGUCCAAGACCGGACUCGAGUACUACAGCACUGGUAUUUACAGCAGUGUAGACUCAGAUUAAACUACAGUGCUCAGUGGCACAGACGAACAGGCUACAUCUGGCCUUACACACAAUAAAUGUUACAAAUCAAUUCAUUGUUGAUUUGGGUCUUUUCAAGGGAUCUGGUGACAAUAAGAAAAAUCUAGUAUAACACCAGCCUUAUCCUUUACGGUGGAAAGAUGGCCUUAGUUAGUCUUUAGAGUGAAGGGGACUUGAUCCCUGUAUGCAGCCAUAUCUGCUGAGGUACAGCGAAGACACACUGAAUCCCAACUUGAUCUUGUCCUGUCUCUUAAACAUUUGUGGGAUUUAUGAUUUGUGAGACAGAGACGUCGGCUUCGAACUGAAUGGGGUGACUGCUGGUCUGAUGCUAUGCAAAGUGUCAGGCAAUCUCAUUGGACUUUAAUGUGAAUGUAAACUUUCCUCAUCAUCAGAUAAGCCUCAUAAUGAGUGUGUCGUAGCUUAGGUUCAUUCACAAACCUGAACGCACACAGAAAAGAAUCCGAGUCAGCUGUGAACUGACACGUUUGUGGCUAUAUGUCGUAAAUUGCAAUGAUGCUGUAUUUUUGUGUGAUAAAUGUAUAUACCAAAAAAAAAGCAUAGGAACAAAUUAGUCUACUUUUAAAUGCAGCAUUGAAAAUGUUUGUUGAAAGUGGAAUUACAGCUAUUUAUUUAUUCAUGCAGUGUCUAUAAGAGUAUAGUUGUAAACAUAUGUGAGGUCAGUUGAAUAAAUUAUAUGAUUUAGCACAGUCA